AUGACUUAUCAGUUGAAGACCUUUGUUGGUGAGCACUCGUGUAGUAGAUCCUUCAACAAUCUACGCCUAACAUCUAGGUGGCUAAGUAGGCAGAUUGUAAAUGAUGUGAAGGAACAACCAGAUAUGAGAUUGAAAGCCAUCCAGGAUAAGGAACAAGAAGAGGUUGAUGGUAAAUCAAUUGGUAGAAUUAUAACAAUCAAUACUUUUCAACGGUUGUAUAUMUGUCUUGAGGGAUGUCGACAAGGUUUCAUUGCUGGUUGUAGGCCAUUUAUUGGUUUAGAUGCUUGUCAUUUAAAAGGCCCUUAUGGAGGACAAUUAAUUGCAGCAAUUGGAAGAGAUCCUAAUGACCAAUAUUUUCCGUUAGCCUUUGCAAUUGUUGAGGCAAAGACGAAAGACUCGUGGACAUGGUUUUUGACUAAAUUACUUGUGGAUAUUGGAAGUUUAGUGCCAACAUUUAAUGAAUUAAUUCCAAAAUCUGAACAUCGCUUUUAUGUGAGACACAUCUAUAGCAACAUGAGAAAGAGGUUUCCUAGAAUGCAGCUGAGAAAGCUUUUUUGGCGAKCAGCCAACGCAACUUAUUAUCAGCAGUGGGAGAGGGAGAUGCAAGAAAUUAAGAAGGUAGAUGAAGGUGCAUACAAGUGGGUGUUGGCCGUACCUCGUGAGAAAUGA